CUCUGCAUACCCAGGGGUUGCUGGCGAACGGGUCUGUUGAACAGACAUGGAAGCCGAAUACGCUAAGAUUGCGGACAUCAUCCGCCAGAAAGCCCGCUCUCACCACAAAAAAAGGCUCCUCGUAGCUAUCGCUGGCAUUCCGGGCUCGGGAAAAACAACCACUGCAGCGGCAGUCGCUCAGCUUCUGCGAUCUACUUCUCCCGCUCUGGCCACGGCGCUUCUGUCCAUGGACGGCUUCCAUCUCUCGCGGGCUGUCCUAGACACGCUCCCCAACCGAGAAGAGGCUUAUCUCCGUCGCGGUGCGCCCUGGACGUUCGAUGCAUCCCGUUUCGUUGCCGUUGUCCGACAGCUACGCCAGUGGGCAGACCUAGACCCUCAAGCUAACCUAAGUGUCGAACUGCAAACCAUCUAUGCGCCCUCAUUUGACCACGAGGCGAAAGACCCCGUGGAGGACGGCGUUGUCAUCACCCCAGACACGUCCGUCGUCAUCAUCGAAGGCAACUAUUGCCUGCUGAACGAACAAAUAUGGCGCGAGGUCGCGCAGCUAGUUGAUUAUCGCAUCUUUGUCGAUACAGACCUACAAGAGGCCCGCCGGCGUGUCGCCAAGCGGCACGUUCAGGCCGGGAUUGAGGCCACUCUCGACGCGGGGCUCCGUCGGGUGGACAGCAACGACUCCCUCAAUGCUCUGAUCAUUCAGGACAAGCUGAUUACUCCCGACUUGGUGGUGCGAAGUGUAAUAGAAAAUGCAUAA